GCAGGCGUGGGCGGGGAUUGGACCCGGCCGCGUCACGUGAGCGCCCGGCAUCCUGGGAAGCUCCCCGGUGAACUUCCGAGCGGCGGGUCCGGCGUGUCCGCUGCCCGGUGGUCCCGCCCGGUGCCAACCACCGGGGGCUCCCCGCACCUCCGCUCAGCCAGGCCCCGCUAAGCGGGACCCCGGGAAGGCCCCGGGGGGGGUGUGGUGUCACCCCCUCCCUUGCGUUCCGGGCCCGUUCCCUUCCCCGGCGAACAUGGAGUUCGCGGAGCUCAUCAAGACCCCCCGGGCGGACAACGUGGUUUUGCACCAGCCGCUGUUGCAGGCCCUGGAGGGGACCCUGUGCUUGACCGGCCAUCACCUCAUCUUCUCCUCUCGGCGGCGCGAUAACGCCGAGGAGCUGUGGCUGCUGCACUCCAACAUCGAUUCCAUCGAAAAAAGGUUUGUGGGCUCACUGGGCACCGUCAUUAUAAAAUGCAAAGAUCUGCGGAUUAUUCAGCUGGAUAUACCUGGAAUGGAGGAGUGUUUGAACAUUGCAAACUCCAUAGAGGCACUUUCCACCUUGGAUUCUGUCACUCUGAUGUAUCCUUUCUUCUACCGGCCCAUGUUUGAAAUCGUUGAGGAUGGCUGGCGCUCUUUUCUGCCUGAACAAGAAUUUGAGCUCCUCAGUUCAAUGACAACUGAAUGGCGUCUAAGCUAUGUCAAUAAGGAAUUCUCCGUCUGUUCCUCCUACCCUCCGGUUGUCAUUGUCCCUGAAUCCGUCAGUGACGACGAACUUCGGAGAGUUGCCAUGUUUCGCCAGGGCAGUCGCUUCCCAGUCCUCAGCUAUUAUCAUACAAAGAACAAGAUGGUGAUUAUGCGAAGCAGCCAGCCUCUGACAGGUACGAAUGGGAGACGAUGUAGAGAAGAUGAGAAGCUUAUAAACGCCACGCUACGGCAUGGGUUUCGUGGCUACAUCAUUGACACGAGGUCCUUGAAUGUUGCCCAGCAGGCCAGGGCCAAGGGAGGUGGCUUUGAACAAGAAGUACAUUAUCCCAUGUGGAGGAGGAUUCACAAAUGUAUUGAGAGGUUUAAUAUUCUGCAGGAAAGCCUCAUCAAACUCGUGGAAGCUUGUAAUGACCAAUCGCACAAUAUGGACCGCUGGCUUAGCAAACUGGAGGCUUCCAACUGGUUGACUCACGUCAAGGAGAUACUGACUACGGCUUGUCUGGUUGCUCAGUGUAUCGAUAGGGAAGGUACGUCAGUGUUAGUCCAUGGGACUGAAGGAACCGAUUCAACACUCCAGGUGACUUCUCUGGCACAGAUUAUCUUGGACCCAGGGUGCAGGACCAUACGUGGCUUUGAAUCUCUUGUUGCGAGGGAGUGGCUACAGGCCGGUCACCCUUUCCAGCAGCGCUGUGCCCAGUCAGCCUAUUCGAAUAGCAAGCAGAAAUGGGAGGCCCCCGUGUUUCUCCUCUUUUUGGACUGUGUGUGGCAAAUCCUUCGUCAGUUCCCUUGCUCUUUUGAAUUCAACGAGCAGUUCCUCAUCAUGCUCUUCGAACACGCUUACGCUUCACAGUUUGGGACUUUCCUGGGAAACAACGAAAAUGAAAGGUCUAAACUGAAGCUGCCGCAGAAGACGAUGUCCCUGUGGUCCUGGGUGAACAGGCCUGAGGAGCUGAACAAAUUCCUGAAUCCUCUUUUUGAGGCCAACAGCCUUGUCAUCUGGCCCUCUGUUGCCCCACAGAGCCUUCUGCUCUGGGAAGGUGUCUUUCUUCGGUGGAACAGAUCUUCCAAGCACCUAGAUGAAGCCCAGGAAGAAAUGAUCAAAAUUAUGAACAACAACAAGGAGCUUCAGGCAAGGGUUAAUGCAUUGAGGAGGCAGCUGGCAGAGAUGGAAGCAAAUUAAUAGGGUGAAGAACCCGUGAGCUGGCAGGGCUGUGCCUCAGGUCUUUCCUUUCCAAUCCCCUUUACGUUAAAGACUAAACAUGGAAAGUGCAUGAUUUGCAGAGCCCUCUGGGUACAGUUGACCCUCUCACUGCUGAAACCGUCACACUAUGUACCUCUCUGCUUUUUGGGAGGGAUUUUGGUUUUGUUUACAGAAGACACAAACAACUGGGCGUAGCGUCCUCUCUCGGCAGCUUUUCUGUUUCGGAAUUAUGUGCAGUAUCAGCAGAAGCUGGAACUCUUACCUCCACCCAACUGCAUGGAUGAUCAGGAUGGACCAAGAGAACAGGAUGUUUCAGGUUUAUUUUGGACUUUUUCUGGUUUUGUUGAACUUUCUAAACACUUGGCAAGAUAAACAUACGAAGUUCUGUACAGAUAGGGAAAGGCAUUUUGUCUGAAAGCACCUUUUCUCUCCAAGAGUAAGUAAGGCAGCUUAAUUUCUUGGGAAAACUAGAAAAAGGGAUAACCUAACUACAAAUUCUGCCAGGCUGUGUGAUACUUUCAGUAUCCUUCACAUCUAACACUUGUCUUCUUGUGUGUUAAGCAUUGGCUUGGGAGCAGUGAGUUGAAAGCAAACCAGAGCAAGACAUUUCAGUGCAAUACAGAAGCGAAGUAGGGAUUCUGCUGCUAAUGUUUAAGCCGUGACCUUCAGGUGGAAUUGUCCCUCUGGGUAAAUCUCUCCUAAGGAAUAACAAGCUUUUUAUUCUACCUGGAGAUAAGAAACAAGGUUAUUAGUUGGCGGAGGUGUUCACUUGCAAAACAGCAGCUCAGCGCUGUCCUUUUAACUCGAGUCGAAUGGCCCUCUUGGAACUUUGUGCUGCACUGGCUGGUUUUGUACAUUAGAACAGGUUCACAGCAUUGCUGGGGUGCAAGAGCAGCGCUCGACCUACAGCUCAACAAAACCCUUCUGUUCCACCUGGUGUGCUUUGUCCUCUUGUGCUCUUGCUAUACGUUUUGUGGAACAUCAAAAGCAGAAGUUGGAAGUUCGUGUGAUCUUAACAUAUCAAGUAGCUGCUGCAGAUUAAGAGGCCAUCACACUACAAAUAUGUUGAUAAUUUAGAUCAUUUGUAGCUGCUAAAACUGCUUAAAGACUUUAGGGGUAAGCUUUUUUUCCCCCAAGUAUUUUGUAGCUGAUCUUUUGUGUUUCUAAAGACAUAAGAGCGGGUCUGAAAGACUAACUCACCUGGGCAUUUGUUCAGCUUGGUUCCAUUUGUAGGUGUGCACGACUGGGAAGACUUGAAUUAACAGAGCACGUGGCUGGGAAUUAUCUUAAAAGACAUUUGCUGUUGGCCUGUUUUCUGCUGGAAUGAAUGGAGCUGCGUUAGGUCAGCAUUGGUCUCUGGAAACUGCUGAGUUUCCAUGUAAUCUAUGCUGGUUUGGAAUGAAGCCGCCUUUAUUUAAAAGCCACUUCACAUAAAGAUAAAUGUAGGUGAAAAUGCAGGAUCUUUAGUUGUCAUAGAAGUAUCUGGAGAGAUAUCUUCUGCAAAAAUAAUGUGACCACUAAAUAUAUUCUAAGAAAAGUUCUGUAACCAAGGAAGCCAUGUAAAAUUAUGUGAUAGCAAUCAAGUGCUACCUUAAUGCCUUUUGCUUCGGUCCUUAUUUCCUUAGUUAUUUUCUUCUUGACUAACCUAAACUUAGUCCUAAAGUCAGCUGGCUUAAAAAAUAAAAAGAGCUCUUUUAAAACAUUGUUCCCUUAAGGCAGAAGUAUAAUUCCCUGUACUUUUUAGGUUUGGAGAGUGACAAUCUUGUUGACUAAAUCAAGUCUGACAUAUGGAAGGUUUCUUGUGGUGGCUGGUGGUCUGUACAGUCUGACAGGGGAGGCACAAGUUGCCCAUUGCCUUCCUCCCACCACCAAACCUGAGCUUCUGGAGUUACAUAUUUGCCAUAUAUGCAGAAAGUAAGCCCUUAAAAUAAUUGCUCGGCCUUUAAAAUUACGUCUACAGGUUCUGCACCUGCUUGGGUGUUGUAUCCAUGUCCAAGUCAGGAUUUCUGCUGUUCCUGUACAUCUGAAAUACAUUAUCAGUAGCCAGAUGGGAAGGAUUCAGAAGGCAUUAUUUUCCCCGUAAUAGACUAUACAUAAAACACACUUAAAGGUUAUGCAAUUUCCUAACGUAGUAAUUAUAUAUUGAGCUAAAUAAUAGAGAAGCAAAGAGGGUUUGUGGUUUUUUUCUUUGAUUUAAUUGCCUGGCUGCUCGAGUCUCUCAUGCAAACUGCAGGCAUCUGAGGGAAUUGGGUAACCAGCUGUGACAGCCAACAAAAGGCAGAAAAUUCUCUCCAAGCUGGCGUUUCAUCCUUUGCUUGUGUUUGGGGACCGAACCUGCACCCAAGUGUUCUUGCCUUGGUUUGGUGGUGGUGGAUCAGAACCUCAUCUCACCGUGCUCGCGUCCUUCUGAGCAGCCGCAGCGGCUUCUUCGUCCAUUCCUCCGCUGUGCAUCACCUUGUGCUCACAGCAGCAGCUCCAGGCUUGGCUUAACCUGCAAAUAAUCACUUUCAGGAGACGUUACCUGCGAGGUACUGCACGUGGUGGAGUUGAGACAAGAUGUGUAGACCCUUCCAAGAGCUCUUCUCCCAGGAGGACCUGCCUCAGACUUGCACACUCUCUUAACAUUUACAUUCCCACUGCUUCCCAGGCUCCAGUCUGGUGGCUAUUGGUAAUACAAACUGCAGCCCAGUUCUUUGCUUACCUGCAUGUUCACUGUAUUUAUUCACAUAUUUAAUGCUGAUGAUGGGUUUGCUUCCUCUGAGAGGGGAAUACCUGCUGGGCUUUGCUCUGUGAAGCCACCACCACCCCGUUUGCAGGUCACCUGCGUCUUUUCAAGCUCAGAGCCCUGGGGCAGCGCCUGGCUCUGGCUCUUCAGUCUGUUACUGCCCUCGAAUUGCUGACACCUCCGCUUCUGCUCUUCUGCUAUUUGUGUGAAAUAAGCUGGGCGCUGAGGAACCCCUUCCCCAAACUCUUGAGGUCAAUCAAUGCGAACACUCUGCCGUCUACCAAAAAGAAAGGAGCUAACUUGCACAGUUUUCAUAAGGGAAAUACGUACCUUCAAUAUUUUGAUUGUACUGAGCUAACUCUUGAAUGUGGCGACCGGUUCAAAUGCACUAUUGUCCACGUUGCAUAUGAUAUAACUUAAAUUGCACUGUACAGCAUAUUGGCGUUUAAUGUAUGCUUUGCUAAGGCCUUGGGAAGUGCUGUCGUGUACAGGUUCCUGUAUGAGGGGAAAAUGUCUAUACUAGCGCUCCUUUUUUUGUAACUGUGACAUUGAACAGCACUGUGUGAUGUGUGCUAUGUAUCUGUUAACUUGUACUAAUUAGUGAUGGGUACACUUUUGUCCGAACAUCUGGAAUUGCUAAUUGGACUCGGCUGCUGCAUCAAUCUUCUCUUUCUCUUUUAAUUGAAUAAGUCACAGGGCUGGGAGUUGUGUGCUGUUGUUAGAAUAUACUGUACGUGUACAGAAUCCCAGCUGUGUGAUGUUAAAUAUACUGCAAAAAAAUGUAUCAAAUCUGAGGAAAAAUGACUCUAAUUGCUCAGCCAUGUCGGGGGGGGAAAAACAGAUACACAGCGGCUGUAAAUUUUGCUGUAGAUAUGGUAAGAACGUAGUAGAAAUGUCUGUUCAAAUUAAAACCUUGAAGACUAAAAAGUUCUUUAA